AUGAAGUCCAAGUCUAAACAAAACGUAAUGAUGUUGAGGUCCUCCCAAAACAAACUGAUACUACUGCUUGCCCUGGGGGUGAUAGUUAUAUUGAUAGCUCUCAGUCGUCACGUUGGGCGGACCACCCCCUCCCCUAGAAACACGGAUCCCUAUACGUCAAUACCGUCCACACAACAAUCAACACACAGCGAAACAUCAACAUUCAGUACCGCAUCCCCUUCCCCUCCGCAAAACGUGACCACUCAAGUGUUACCUACUUUCUACCCGUCAAAAGAACUCUUUGUACGCGCUAUUUAUUUCGACAGUCGAGCUAAAAAAUAUCAACAACAUCGAAACUCUUCCGUUUUCCUCAUUGUUGUCAAAAAAUCAAUUACUGAUCGUAAACUGAUUGUCGGUUGUCAGAUAGACAACAAAAUUGCUCGAGAUUUCGAAGUUCGCUUAAUUGGUGAAACUCCACUCUGGCGACACUUCUAUCCGAAAAUUAAUCAUGAAGAAGCGUUCGUAGAAUGUUUUGACAUGCCUGCAAAAAACGGGAGCAAUGGUUACAUUCAUUUUAAACGAGAUGAGAAUUCUCCGAUUGAAAUAGCAGCUUCUGAGCGACCCCUCCUCAUACUUCAACGUAAAGUUAAACCCUUGACCCCCGAGGCUAAGAAGUAUGGUUUCACUAUUGCAGCCUGUGCAAAAAUAUUUGGAAGUAGACCACCGUGGCUGGAAGAAUGGUUGCUCUAUCAACGUGCUCUCGGGGUACAACAUGUACAUCUAGAUGCUGAAGACUCUUUUAAGCUUGCUGGUGGUCUUGAUAAACCCUUUAUAAAGAAAGCUAUGCAGGAGGGAUUUCUGAGUGUGGAUGUUUGGAACAAGUAUCUCGCCCCCAACGAACUGUGGUACCACAACCAAGGACUUAUAUAUGAAGACUGCGUGUACAGACUACAAGGUGUAUAUGAUUACCUCAUUUUAAUAGACACGGAUGAUUUCCUAACACCAAGGAUACCGACAGAAAAACAACUGUAUUACUAUAUCAACAAAUAUUGCCGCGGUGAAAAUAUUGGCUCGUGUAUGUUCAAAUGGAUUGAGUAUUACCCGGACCAGUUUGGAUUAAACAAAUCGAUACCGAUACCAGAUGGCAACCUCACUAGCCAACUCAAGAACUAUUCUCACUUCAUUCAGGGUAAUCCGAAGUCUCUGCAUAAAGCUAAUGUGAUCAUUGACGCAGCUACGCAUUACGCUUACAAAAUGCUCAAGGGCUACAAAGUCAACCAAGUUUCGCUCGAUGUCAUGUAUGCUGCUCAUAUUCGAAAGGGAAACAAGAUGAUGACUGGAGAAGCGCUGCAUAUUGGACCACCACAUGCGAAUGGGUCAUGGGAACACACUACGAAUGUAUUCUUGCUAGUUUUCAAUUUAAUAUUUUGCUUGUUUACAUAACUUAAUGGUCUCCGACUUAAUGAUAAAAAUUAUUACACUGUAUGAUAUGAAGUCAUCAACAGAAUCAUGUACAAAAAUAUAUUCAUACCAAAAUUAAUUAUAGCAUUAGAA